CACCGAUCUUUUCUCCCGAGGGAAGCUUUACACUGUGUGAAUUGAUACCUCAUCACCUAUUCCGAAGGAGCGCAAGAGCGAGGGAAGAAGCGGUCUAUAUGUCAUCACCACAAUGAGUUGGCGCAGCAAAGAGAUACGAACACUAGCGUGUGGUAUAAGAAUACCCACGCGGUAUAGUCAGAUGGCUAUACGGCGAGCUACGUCGUCUGUGACGUUUGGAACAUCAUCUGGGUCAUCAACAUCAAUAUCAACGUCAACGCCUACAUCGAAUACACAAAGUGUACACUUCUCAAUUCCGAAGCAGAGGUCUAUAAACCCAAAGUUUGAGAGGGUUAGUGGGCUGAUAAGGGCCCAUAAGUUCAAGAAUCUUGCAUCUGAAAUAUCAAAUCGAUAUAAGCAUUUCAAUACAGCCGAAUUGGUUUCAAUACUGAGACAACUACACGCAUUGCACAAACAUCUCAUAAUAAGGAAGAUCUAUAGGUCUAAGAGGGAACAGUUUAUCGGUGCUAAUACACUCCUGGGCGUUGUUAUGGAAUCUGCAUUCCUUGAAAAGGACUACGAAUUAUUUGAAGAAGUGUUUACAUAUUAUCUACAAUCCACUGACGAAUCGUCCAAAUUGGCAAGACACUUCAACAUGGCACUAGUUGUUUUUUUAAAGACGAACACAGAGUUUGCUAAGCAACUGUUGUACCAGAUGGUUUAUUCCCAUCAUCCAAUGGAUGACAAGACACUGUAUGAGUUCUUACUAAACGCUACUGAUGUAUCCACAUUCUCCACGGUGAGAUUUGUCUUUGACAUCUUGAAGAACAAUCCUAGCUUGCCCAUCUCGGAUAGUGCAUUGGGCCAAUUGAUGAUUGUAUUCAUACGAAAUGGUAAGUCUAAAGAUAUUUCAGAGUUGGAACAGUAUCUGGAAAACAUUGACAAGUUGGAUAACCAUUAUGUCAGAAUGGCUCGAUUCCUUAAUAGAGUUGUCUCCAUAGAUCCUUCAUGCCUAUGGCUCGAAGUUGAUGAAUUCAUGCAAUCUUUGAAGGAUAAGACAGCCGAAUCCGUCACCUUUUUUUACGACAGAUUAUACCUACUAUUGAGAAAGAGAGCUACCAUCGAGGAUAUGAAGCAUUACACUUCACUGGCACAGAGGGAUGGCCACAAGGACACUUUGACGUUACGUGUAAGGGGAUUACUGACCGUUGCGCGUACGGGUAGCGCUCAUGAGCUACUUGAAUAUGUGGAACUGUUGAAAUCAAACUACCAGCUGGAUAAGGAUAUGUUCAUCACGAUAUGGAAUGCUUUUAAACUGAACCAGCCUGGACUUGAGAAUGUCAUAACUUCAAAGUUCAAGGGUAUUUCGUAUUCCUUAGAUGUUUACUGGAAAUCUGAAGCUCUUAGGGAUUUGGAAAAGGAGAGCUCAAACAGUAACUCAUUAUCACAGAUGAUCAACGUUACAUGUGAGCAAGAUUUGGAGCUGUUAACUCGUCUUAACAAUAAGUUGAGAGACGGUAAGAGACCCACUGUUGAACUUUUCACAAGAGUUUUACAACAGCUGAUCAAGAUGAAAUCACCAUAUGCAUCACAGGUUUACGAGUUAUGUACAAAGCUUUAUACACCUGUUCCAUUACAUCUCGAGCUUUCUUGGUUUGCAAACACUCUCAGGUACGAUUCGCAUGCUGAGGCUCAAUUAAAGAUUGAGACCUUCUUAUUCGAGAAGGAUCAGUAUUUGAGAUAUCCCCAUUACGCAGAGCUCUCCGACUAUGCCUUUAAGAAGGGGCUCAACAAGGUUGGAUUCGAGCUCAUUUCAAGGGCCACACAAUCAAAGAAUUUCAGAGUGGAUAAGAAUAUCAUUAGCUUAUACGUUCCAAUUUUGAAGUUUUUAGCAAAGAAUGGCAACGGCGAAGAGUAUAUCAAAGUCGUGGAGUACGUCUUGAAGGAGAAUUAUCAAUUGAAUCCCAAGUACAACCGUCUGAUUAAGAAUACGUCGUGUUGGCUAUUGACGAAGUGCGACAGUGAAGAACUUGACUAUAUGAAGCCAAAGAUUGAUGAGAUGAAUCUAUCAGUCAAAGAUAGAUACAGAGAACAAACCAAUGAGUAUCGGAAAGUACUGGACGACACCAUAGAGCUGCUGAGUGGCUGGAGGUAGCACUACGAGCAUAUCAUGUACAUAGCAAAGAGGAGAGUGCUACCAUCGCCGUCACAAUACACUAUUUUUUGCAUAAUGUUUUAUUUGAUUGUUUUUUGUUUUAACAUCUUUUGUUCUCUUGGAGGUUGCACCUCUUCUAAACCUGAACCAUUGGGACUUUCGGAACACGAUCCUGUACAUAGAGAACCGCUCAAUGUGACAGUUUUAUAUAAAAAUGGAGACAGAGACUAUGACUGCUACCACGAUUUCGUAUAGAACAUCAAUAGACAACUAUCGAUGCUUUGAUCACUCUCU